AUGCGGUUGAAUGUCUUUCUAUUGUCAGCCCUAGGCGUCAGCCCGUUGUCUGGGAUUAGCGCUGUGAAUGGCGAUGCGGGGAGCUGCAAAGCCUUGUCCGACGGCAAAGUACAAGACCUCAGCGACUGCUGUAGCGGGACCUUGCCGCGCACCGAGACCGUUGGCUCCGAUAUCAUCGAAAUUAACUGCGGCAAAAGGCCCGACACGAAUGGCCAGAUUUCCAGACAAUCCUUGCUUUCUGCCCAGCAAUGUGUCACCUAUAUCCGCACAGGACGAGCCAAAGUGGCGGCAUGGGACCCCUCCAGGAGGACCUGCUGGUACACAAAUCGGACAGCGCCGGGACUUGACGAUGCUCCGGGGCACCUGCUGAUGACGUACAAAGGUGAGGUGGAGCAAGAGGAUUGCUCCAUCAAAGUCAGGGAGACGCAGGCCCAGUGCGACAAGGAAAAAGGCACCUUGCAGGCUGAGUGCAAGAAGACACUCGACGACGAGAGAAAAGUUUGCCAAACCCAGUGCGAACUGGACAAGGCCGCAGACAGAAGGACCUGCGAUCAGGAGAAGGCUGCAGACAAAAGGACCUGUGACCAGGACAAGGCCGCCGAGAGAACUAAAUGCGACACUGAGAAAGGCGCCUUACAGACAGAGUGCAACCAGAAACUUGAGGAGCAGAGAAAGUCCUCUCAGGAAAAGUGUGAUCGGGACAUAGCCGCAGAGAAGACGAGAUGUGACACCGAGAAAGGUACUUUAAACACGGAGUGCAACCAGAAACUCGAGGAGCAGAAGCAAACUUCCCAGCAGCAGCUUGAACAGUGCCGCCGGGAUGGUCAGAACCAUAUUGGCAACGGUGCAUGGCCGGCCAACCAGGCGAUGACGAAGAACGCAAUUAGAGCCACAGCGCUGGCGUACUCUCCAACCAAUGCCAACCAGGUGGUGACCGUGGAUGUCGCUCGAAAGAUCGAUGUUUACGAUGUUACCACUGGGCAAGUGACACGGGUGACCACCAUGCCAUCGGCCGAUGGGCUUGCCACAAGCAUCGCCUGGCACCCCGACGGGAAGUCUGUCAUUGUGGCGUGCUUCUUCGGGGUCCUACACGUUGAUGGAGGGGAGAAAGGACGUCAGGGUGAAUCGGGUGCCUUCUCACCCGACGGACAGACUGCUGUUGCCGGGCUCGACGACGGCCGAGUACAGAUGUGGGAUGCAAGCUCGCAUUCCCUGAUCCCAGUGCAAGACAAGCACCAAGCUGCUGUGUACAGCUUAGCAUUCUCUCCGAAAGACGGUACUCUCGUCACCGCGUCUGCCGACAAGACUAUCAAGUUCUGGAGCAAAGACCGGGUCGUUGAGACGCAUCCUCUUGGGGCCGUCGUUCGAAGCGUGGCUUUUUCACCCAACGGGGCCAAUAUUGCCUGCGGAUUGGAAGACUCCAGUGUCAGAAUCCUGGAUGCUCAGACCCGUAACCAGCGCCGCGACUUACGGGCUCACGGAGCUGCGGUUGUGGAUGUUGUAUUCGCCGCCGAGGGGAAUGCACUGCUCUCUGCGUCGGAGGACCGAACUGUCCGAGUCUGGUCCUUGAAUGGAGACUUUGCACACACCGCCGAUACGGACAGAAAGGCCAAUGCGGUCGCAGUAUCCGCAGAUGGCAAGUCCUUCUCAGUGCUGUUCGACAUGCGACCAGCUAUGUUCUUCACAAAGCCAUGA